AAAAUCUGUUACCGAAAUACCGAAAACGCCAAGUAUCACUAUUUUACGGAGUUCUAUAUCCUGAUAAUUUUCCAUAUUCCAUGAGAUAACAAUUAAACAGUUUCAUGUUUUUUCUCAUUUAAAUACCAAUGAACUGUUAUCAUAAUUUAAGUUAUUCAACUUGAUAUUUGCAAAGAUUUUAAGCGUAAUGAUGUCUAGACUACGACGUGUUAAUUUAUUUUUUUAUGUUAUAAUUCUCUUGUCGUUCUACGCGAUACAAGUUUUAUCAAAUCCAAUAAGUGAGAAACCUACACCGACGCUACAAAAAAGACAAGAAGUCAUUACAUCUACUACUUUUGUCACGACUACCGAUGAUGCAAAAGUAGUUACAAUCACAACGUAUGGACCACAAUCAAUGAAAACAUUUUCACCGUCAAAACCCAAGAACUGUAUUGGACUGGUGAAAUUUACAAACAUUCAACUCGUUAUCAUGAAAAAUACCAAAUUAAUAAAUUUUAUUGUCAAAGGAAAAACCUCAAUGAAUGACUUAAAUAGUGCUACUGUGAAAACAUCUAUUUAUUGGGAUAACAAACACACUGCAGAAAGUAUUAGUCCAUGUCCAAUGAAUAAUACAUGUGAAAUUCAAUACGAACAAUCAACCAUUAUUUUCAACUACACCACUUCGUUGCCUGAAGAAUUUUUAGGUAUAUUAUCUUAAUCCAUAUAACUUUUUACGUUUAAGUUUAUUUAUCGAAAUUAACGAUUUGUAAAUAUAGAUAGUGAACUUUCGGGACGUAACGCUUAUUUGA